AUGUCAGAAUAAAGACAUUGCUGGGUGGCUGGUUCCAGUAUCCUUGGAGCCGUUUCCGUUCACUGAGCUGGGCCUGGCUGCGCUCAGGACUUUGAGCGUUAAUCCUAGACAGUCUUUUAAAAAAAGGUCAGCUGUAGGGAGGGAAGCCAGCAGGUGAAGCGUGAAGAGACGUGGGAGGGGAGCUGUAUGACACUUUGUGGCACUCCGCUGUAUGGUGUAAACGCACAUAUUUAUUAAAGGCAUAGGGUUUUUUAUCGGCUACCUCCUUUUCCUCCAUGGCUCAGCGCUCCUCUCUCCCCAUCGUCCCCAUCGCGCUGCUGUUGUUCGGACUGGUUGGCAUCCUGCUGCUCACUGUUCCCACUCAGGAGGUCCGGGAUGCGCCGGGGUUCAUGUAUGGGAUUGUCCUGGAUGCUGGUUCUUCCCACACAGCUUUGUAUAUUUAUAAGUGGCCUGCAGACAAGCAAAAUGGCACCGGUGUGGUUACCCAGCACAAAGAAUGCAAGGUGGAAGGUAAGGGAAUAUCUAGCUACGCGGGCCAAAAUGGAGCAGCAGGGAAGAGCUUAGAGAAGUGUCUGGAUCAGGCUGUGAAAGAUAUCCCCAAAGAGAAGCACCAGAACACACCCGUGUACCUGGGAGCCACAGCCGGCAUGAGGCUUCUGAAUAUUUCCAAUCCAGAGCAGUCGAGUCAGAUUCUACAAGAAGUGGGUCUUAAAAUCAAGUCAUACCCUUUCAACUACAGUGGAGCUACCAUUUUGAGCGGACAGGAGGAGGGCGCGUACGGUUGGGUCACCGUCAACUAUCUCUUAGAGAACUUCAUCAAGUAUGGAUUUAUUGGGCGUUGGUUCAGCACCGGCAGACCGACGGUGGGAGCGCUUGAUCUUGGCGGAGCGUCCACACAGAUAACGUUUGUUACGCAGGAUGCGGCGGGAGACAAACGAGACAUGAUGAAGCUGCGUCUUUAUGGUCAUGAAUACUCCCUGUACACCCACAGCUACCUGUGCUACGGCCAGGACCAGCUUUUAAUGAGAUUGCUGGCUCAAAUCGUGAAGUCUCAGGGUUACGCCCAGGUGGUCACUCAUCCUUGCUAUCCUGCAGGCUACAAUAAAACAUUCAAAAUGGAUGACAUCUUUAACUCUUCCUGCACCUCGACUAAAAAACCCGACCCAUAUGACUCUCAUGGCACUUUGACGGUGCAAGGCAGUGGACAUUAUGAGCAAUGCAUGGGCAACGUGUCUGAACUCUUCUCCUUCGGCAGCUGUCCCUUCUCACAGUGUUCGUUCGACCAAGUCUACCAACCAAAUGUCACUGGCAGUUUUGUGGCAUUCUCUGCUUUUUACUACGUUCACUUCUUCCUGCAGCAAAUCGUCGGACACAAAAUCAGCACUACGCAGGAGCUGGAGUACGCCACUGAGAAACUAUGCAACAUUACCUACGAUGAGCUGAUGAUCAUGGCUCCGAAAAGCAAGUCUUAUCUACAGAACUACUGCGCGUCUUCAGUGUUCAUCAAAAUUCUCAUGCUGAGAGGAUACGGCUUUGAUGAGGAGUCGUUCGCUCGCAUUUCCUUUCAGAAAGAGGCGGGCGACACGUCGGUGGGCUGGGCUCUGGGCUACAUGCUGAAGUUAAGCAGUUUGGUCCCUGAUGAGAGCGUCGGGGUGAGGAAGACCCUCACCCUCGGAGCAUGGAGGACGCUUCUCUUUCUCUUUGCCGGCCUUCUCUUCGGCAUCUGUGCCUUCCUUCUGCUUCGAUGUCGAGACAGGAGGAAGAAAGGAGGUGAUCAAAGCACCAUCUAGAUACCACCAGCACCUCCAGGGCUGUGAAGAAAAUAAAACAUGCAGGUCAUCGGGAGUAAAUUGAUUAUGUGUAUGUUGCUUCUUCAAGCAACUUAUCAAAAAAAAAUAUUUUAAAAAUUUGCUUUAACUUCUGCUUAAAUAUUUGCAUCCGCUCAGAGUGAAUUUUGUUCUAUUACUGGUACAAGUAAAGAACAUGUUUUAUACAUAAAAAUAAACACUUUUUUAAAUAGAACAUUAGAAACAAAUAAAAAACAGAAAUUAAACUUUGAAAU